AUCGUCAAGCUAAAAAAUAGACGCUUCCGUUAACAUAAAACUUUCGCAAACCAAAUUUCUCCAAUUAAAUCAUGUUCUGAAGUCGUACAUUUAUUCAUAUGUUCUUUUUGUAUGUGUUAAAUCAAGGAGACAAUGCUAGUUGAAACAGGUACAGUACGGAUCAAUAUAUAAAUAUAUAUUUUCGCCAUGAUAAUUAGUUGGUCCUUGAAGAUUAAUGAUUAAGCGAUUUUUUUGUUACGGCUCGAACAGGAGCAAAUAAGUAAAUAAUAAAUUAUAAAUAAUAAUAACAAUAAUUUAUUUUAAUUUCACUACACGGCCGCGGUAAAAUUAUGUUUGGUGUUCGAUCCUCCCCGUUUGGAGCCGUUCCCCCUAUUCACUCAGUAGUCUAGUAGAGUACCUACCUAAUUACUCACAUUUCUUUAGUAAAAUAAUCAUGGCUGCGGCUAUUCGGUAUCACUGAUCAGUAUCAGAAGUGAGAGGUUGGGUUUACUAAAACAAUAUUUAAAAUAUUAUUGUAUGGUUUGUACGACAAAAUUUGGUAUCAAAUGAAAGAUAAUUGGGUUAUCUACCACUUGAGCGUCGGCCAAGAAAAAAAUCCAGUUGUUCCGGUUGGAAGGGCUAUUUAAACAACUAUAAAAAAGGGAUUACCCAACUAUUCUUACAUUGGAGUCUGUUAAAAUGUUUGCUUUGGUAUAGGCUAUAAAGUUAUAUAGCACAAUACUAAUACAUUUAAAUAAUUAUUACUGCCAGCUACCGAUAUGCCAGGAAGAAAAAGAGAUUACAAUAAUUUUUUGGCAAUGUCUAUACGUCUAGCGUGCCGGAUUUAUAUCUCCCACGCUAUUCUAUUUGUCCGGCAACCAAGUCACAUGACUGCCAUAACAAAGUGGCGAGAGAUAUUUUGUCCAUCAGUCUUGUCACGUGACCAGGAAUGAUUCAAAACUAUUGUUAAUUUUAAAAUCUAUUUCUCUACCAAGUAAUGUACAUCUUGCAUGCAAAUGAUAGAAAAAAACUGAAGUGAAAGUGGCUUGUAAACAUUUUUGUUUAGUUUGUUAUUAGAGUUUGGGUACCAGUAACCCAUAAUAUAAUUAGGGGCCAGUAUUCAGUAGGCAACCAAUAAAAGUAAAAGAUUUUAAAUUAUAAAGUAAACAUUUUAAAUUGUUUAAAUUGCUAAAAAUAUUUUAAAACUUCUCAUAAAACUACUGUUGCUGAUGAACAUGAUAAUAUAAAUAUAAUAUAAAAUAUUUUUAAUUAAAAUGGGGGAAAAAAAGGUUUCCCAUGCAGGGAAUCGAUCCACAAAUAUAAUAUCGUCCAGCGGCCACACUACCACAUUACCACACAAGAUCUUCUUAGUAGAUGCUUCCUUCGGAAUAAUAAACCCUACUAGUCGUCCGGCGGUCAAGUGAAAUGCUCGCCGGACGUAUAUCUCCCACACUAUUUGUCCAGCGCGCCGGACGUGUAGACACUUCAUAAUUUUUUUGAUCCAGAUAACGCGGAUGUCCACACACAGAAUGUGGAAAACGUGAAUGCUCAAAAAGUGUAAACUGAAAAGACAUUUUGGCACAAGUCGUGAUCUUUCCCCUUCAUAUUUACGUGGAUUCAUGUACCACAACCAUUUUCGUGGAAAUUAUAUUUUGUAAAACUUCAUUGUCAACUUGGGGGAGAACUAUGCAUAAUUCAAUUUUCACACAUUAUCUUCUAUUUCAAAAAAAAUGUUAUAGUUUUCCUAUUUUAAAAAAAUUGUCUAUUAUUAUGGGAAUGAAUACGUACAACCAAUGUCAUUAAAAAUAAUAUAAGAAUAGCUGUUUAAAUAACCCUUCCAACCGGAACAGCUGGAUUUUUUCUUAGCCGACGCUCAAGUGGUAGAGUACCGAUAAUUGAAUGCAUCAAUGCAAUAUAUGUUUAUAAACUUAAUUCUUCAGUUUAUCUAAAAUAAACAACCACAAAUGACAUCCGAAUAGCAUUUAGGUCUAAAGGGACCCGGGUCCGAAUAGCGGCGAUGCGUGUCCUUUUUUUAAAACUAAAUUGUCUAAAUGCUAUUGUUUUCAUCAUUUCUUUUGGACAUACUAUGGACUAAACUAAAUCAUGACCCAUAUUAUCUUUAUGGAUGAAAUCAGUAUCAGUUUUAAUUAUACUGGAGUCAGUUUGUAUUAUUUAUAAAACCAUCUCCACUUUCAUGUUUCAAGUCUAAGUCUUUGUGAUUACCGGUGCAAAUAUAAAUUACAGCAUAAACAAUAAUGUUCAUCAAUAUCAUCUAUUAUAUGGACCAAAAUAUCAUUUAACACAUACUAAAUAGAUUAAAGUAGUAAAAAAAAGGCAAGUUACAGCUGCAAAUUUACUUAACCCCAAUGGCCAAUGGGUUAGUCUCUUUAUUACAAUAUUGUGCACACAAAUUUGAAAAAACAGACUUACGUUCUCUUAAUUUAAUUACACUCAUUUAAAAUUUAAUGGUAAUAACUAGUUAACUAUAGGCUAAUAUUAUAGCAAAAUAAAUAUUAAACAUAUGUUGAAAAUUAGAGGAAUUUAUCUUUAAAAAAAUGAAAAACUUAUGAAAAUUUUAUUGCAGAUGUUAACGAUUUAUUAUCAGUCACAUCUUUUAGAACUAAUAUAUAAGCAAAAACUCUGACUCUAAAAGUGCGGUAACUUUUCUUCUACUUAACAUAAAAACUUAGAUUUAGUAUCAUUGAAUUACACAUCAUGAGCUCUUUCUGGUGAUUUGAGUUUUAUUAAUAGUUAAAGUACCUAACUUAGGCUUUAGGACUUACUAACUUAGUUAAGUUCGUAUGCUAUUAAUUAAUUAUGUUUAUCACUAAAAGACGUAGGAUAUAAAUUAACUCAAUCAUUAUUAUAAUUAGUGUCAAGUCAAAGUGUGAUUUAGGUCACAAUCUUAGGGCAUAAACUAGUACAACUACUCAGUGACAGUAGGUGUAGUGUAAUAUCCAAUGUAUGGGAAGGACAGUGAUCUGUUUGAAGCAGUAGGAAAUGAAAAACGCAGCAGGUUAGGGUUAGGAAAAAUCCUGAAAAAUAAGGAAAAGGCAUUAGACUAUCAUUUGCUCUUGCUCCCGACAUAGCAGAAGUGUAAGAUUAGUUAUUUGGUAAAACUGCGUAUUAGUGCAGUUAAUUCAAUACAAUACAAAUGAAAUAGGCCCAUCGACCAUAGCCCACAAUGAAAAAUUUAUUUAUUUAUGCCUAAUUAUUUAUAGGACUUUUAUUAUUCAACUUCUGUCUUUCUAUGACUAGAUAACGACAAUUUAAUGAUUUGUCCUAAAACAAAAUAUUAAGCUCCAUCCAUAUUUUGUCAUGUACUGCAAAAUUUGUGGUUUACACAAAUACCUGAUCUGUUAUUAGUCUAUCUCUACUAUUUUGAUAUCUGAAGAUGACUAUGAUUUCUUUUACAUUUCAGAUGAAUGCACUAAAUUUUCUGAAUGUAAUUUUCUGUAUAUACUAUACUAAGGAGCCUGGCCAUUUUUUGCUGUGUUUUGAUUUUAGCAUUGAACUAACAAAGAUCAUGUUGCUAUUACCAAACUAUUAGGAUAACCAAACAAAGUAAAUCAUUUGAACACUGGUUUUUAAUGAAUUGAGAUUUUUUUGGAGAGCCAUACACAUCAAAUCACUCAUCCAUUAUGGAAAAGGAUCAUCAAAGUGAAGCAGACACCAGUGAAGUAGAGAGAACACUUCCAGAAUGUUUUGAUUUGGUGUUCAAUUUACAUCAGUAUUUGGAAAGAACAGAUGAAUCUAUGGCCUCUGAUAAAAUUCAGGUAAUUUUAUAAUCAUAUAAAAUUCAUUAACUGCCCAGACAACCUGUUUAAAAUAGCGUACUCUAAUACUUUAUUUCAGUAACAAUAUUAGUUAAUUUAUCAAGUGAUAGGUAUUUUUAAAAAAUUCUGUCUCAUUGAUGCAAAGAGUUAAAAAGAACAAUUUUUACAUGAUUCAACUUAAGAAUGAUAUUUACUGAGCCACAAAUAGUUUUCUGUCUCCAUCAUUUUAACAAAUUUUCCAAAAUAAGAAGUUAAGUGGCUAGUCAAAAUAGAAUGUAAAAAUUAAAUAUGGUACUCCAGUAUUAAAAUUGUUUCCCAUAACUUUAUUCAGGAAUAUUUUUAAAACAAGGAAUCAUUUCUUUUUUCUUUUCUUUAACAGGUUAAACUCAGAGAAGGAGUUCUUACUGCAGAAAAAGCUAUUGCAAUGGUUAAUAGUUUACAAUUAUUUAGUAGGAAUGAAGAUGUAGAUGAAGUUUCAACAAAUGAAAUAAAGUAAGUAUUCAAACAAAAUGUUGUUCUUUUCACUAUUGCAUUAGGUACCAUGAGUUACUACAGCAGAUGAUAGCUACUAUUCUAAUCCAGAAGUUUAAAAGCUAGUUACUAAAAUUCUUCAACACAUCUUACGAUGAAAAAUAUUGUAAUAUGGAGAGGACUGCAUUCAGGUUCAAGCAAUAAGAAAUAAAGCAUGCACGUUGGGGGAAAACCAGUUUAAUAAUUAACAUACCAGUUGUAAGUCAUUGAUUGAAAUAAAAAAAAUUAAAAAAUUGUUCAUGUUCCUAUACUACCAAGAACUGUAUGUUUAUCUACAAUACUAUGAAACCUUAUUUACCUUUCAGCUAAUAUACUAAUACUCCAACACUUGGAAAAUUCAUGACAGCCAUAAAAUAAUGAUUUUUGUUUAAGUGACUUUUUUUCUUUUCAGAGAAUAUAACAGGUUUCAAAAAUCAUAAAAAUAUCAUCAUAAGUAAUGGUUAAAAAAUAAAAUUCAAAGUGAAAUUAAUGCAUAAAAUAUUCUUUCUACUUCUCACUAAAACAGGUACAUGAUGCUGUCAGCCUUUCUGGGAUAUUUUACUGGUUUAAACACACACCUCUCCAGAAAAGAAGCAGUCAAACGAUCCAAAGUAAACAUACCAAGUGAUUUCAUUUUACAAUAAACUUUUUUAUAUAUAAUAUAUAUAUAUAUAAAAUAUAUAUAAAUGUAUAUAUAUAUAUAUAAUAUAUAUUUAUAUAUAUAUAAAUAAAUGUAUAUAUAUAUAAUAUAUAUAUGUAAAAAUCCAUUUAUCACCCAUGUAUUUAAGCUGAACAUUGUAAUGUGCUGGAGAAGAACCUUAGGCAGAGUAGUUUUGUUGUUGAUAAAUAGUUCUUUGUGGGUAAUGUAGUCAAUAUGUUUUCCUAAUUUUAUGAAAAUAGUUAACCAUUCUUUACCAAGACUUUGUUUUACAUUCCCAGUUCUGUUACACAGAUUUUCUCAAGCUACUGAAAUUAUACAAUGUGAUAGACUAUGAUGUCACCCAGACUGUGGAAGAUGAAGAGGAUGCUGAAACAUCAGUCCCUUCUUCAUACAGGCAGGUUUUUCUAUUCCUUUCAAAGCAUUUUAGAUAGCAGUAUUUGGGGCUAUUAAGGGGGGUAAUCCAUAAAUGAGGAUACACACAGGGGUGGUUGUAGUGGGUCACGAAUUAGUGAAUAUAUUAUGUGGAUGUCAAAAUUGUGUGACAAAUUUGUGACCAUGGGUGUGGAGGGGGCUCUGAAAUCUGCCAGAACAGUGUGAAGUCAUUUAUUGAUGGCCCUUAAUAUCAAAUGGAAUACAAAGAGUGCUCCUAGUCAAACCAAGGUCCUCAUUCAUGUUAAGGGAUAUCUCAUUCCUGCCUUCUUUAUAUUGUAAAUAAAUUUGAAAUUUUUUAUCUUGGAAACGGGAAUCACUUUGAUCAGAUGUUUAUUUUGCUGUAUGUCAAAAUGGAGCUCAGCCUCUUUUAAAAUUUACUUACCGUACAUACUCACAUACUUGUCUGUAAGUUGAGGGCAGGUUUUUUUUAGCAAUAAUUAUGAAGUAUGCUGUGACUCAUGGAUAAGUUGGGGGUAAAACUCGGGGCUAUGAAAUUCUGUGAUUUUUUAAAAAUAAUUUUGAAAGAUUUUACCUAGCAGAAAUCACUGCACUGCAUACUAAACUAUGGCCUGUGUAUGAUUGACUCCAGAUGUAUCACACCAGAAUCUUGUAUCUACAUUCCACAAGUUAACACUUUGCAGACUACAUAUUAACAACAUGUCUGCUAAAUACCAUAUAUCAAUCAAUAUGAUUUUCUUUAUUUAUUAUGUCAGCUGAAAACCAGAAAAAAAAAUGAGCAAUCAUGAAACUGAACAUUUUUAGUUCCCAGUUUCUGGGUCAAUGUACAGCUACUGGUAAAUACACUAGCACUAUCGGAAAAUCAACAGUGCCUUACAUUCAAUGUAUAAAAUUGACCCAUGGAUAAGUUGACUGUUUUAAAAUGAAAAUUAUGCCUAAAGUUUCUUGACUGAUACAGGAGUAUAUACGGUACUGCCUAGUGUACUUUUGUCUAUCCUUUGGUAAUUUAAUAAUUGUUGAAACCCCAUUUAGCCGAACUCGCCAAGAUGUGAAUGCCAUGUCAGCUCACAGGAACAACAAAAUUCAGAGAUUCAAGGAGAAGAAGAUGAUGGAGAAAAGGCUUGGGGAGCUCAAAGUUCUUGUUGAGAAGGAACACGUGGACGAUGAAAUCAAAGUAGGGAAGAUAAUGUUGUUCACUCAUUAUUUUGAUCUAAAUGGUUGUGGUGUUAACAAAAAUAUCCUUCAUUUGACUUCAGUACCACUUUCUGUAGUAAACGUCAUAAAACAUGGUUUCUGUAAAGGUUGAGAAUCUUGUGGUGGGCUCAUCUUACCUGUUCAAAUAUAUCACGUUAGGGUUCUUUAUUUUAACCAAAAACAGCUUGAGAUAUUUGAACUUUUCAACAGAGAGAGUUCUAUUUGACCCAGUUGAAGCACUGGGCAAACAUUGCUAUAGAUGAAAUAGAUAACUGUAACCUUGAACUUCAAAUGCUUCAACACAAGAAGGAGAUGACAAAAGGGGGAAUAACUCUUCAGAGUUCUGCUGCCACCACUUCAAAAAAGGUGAGUAACUGUUUUUAUUGAUAUUUAUUUGAAGACACAUCUAAAACAAAUCAGCUGUGUUUAGUUAGCAUUGGAUGAACACCAGUUAAGAAAGGUUUGUGGUAUAAAUAAAUGUAUUAAUUUAUAGCCACACCUUAUGCAAGGAACAAUUUCUUUUACAGUCUUUCUUUCAAUUUUUGAUACUGUCGAGAUGCGAUUCUUCUUGUAUGGCCAAGUCUUUCACUUCAUUCCGUUCGGCAGUACAUCAUAUAGCAACAGUCCCCAAUGCAACAAACAUCAACCGGUUUGCUGUAAACAAAAGUUUAUUUAACCACAAUUCCCAAACUAAAGUUGAUACUUCAUUUCUGAGCAACAAUCAAAUCUUUUCAGCACAACUCUUAAUUUAUUUAACCGCAAUUCCCAAACUAUGGUUGAUGUAGCACAUCCGCCAUCUAUCUUCUCUAACAACAACGAAAACUAACGCGUCACUUCCCACUACACAAUUACGCCACAACACUCUCACACAAACGAUACAGCUACACAUAAAAUCUUUAACUAAACAUCUUUUCCCUAUCAAACCUUGAAACAAUAAUCUACACAUAACAACAGUGAUUCUCAUAACCUUGACAGAUACGUUUUUAUUUGUUUGCAGCAUUUACCAGUAGCGUGAGAAAGUGCACAUUAAUUUGUGGUUCAUAUGUUUCUGCCUUUUAUUCUCACUUGUACAAAUUAAUUUUUCAGCCUUUCAGACCUUUCAUCCUCACCAAAAAUGAGCUUCAAAAGCAAGUUUAUGGAGCAGGUUACCCAGCCUUACCAACCAUGACUGUGGAUGAAUUUUAUGAAGAGAAAUUGAAAGAAGGAACACUUUCAGAAUCCGUUAGCAAAGGGUACAGAUACCUGAUGACUGUUUAAAAAAAAUAUAUAUAUUUAAGAAUGAGCUAUACUGACCAUAAUGCCAAAGAACCAAAAAGAUUUAAAUAUGUUCAGAUUCUUAAAAACAAUCAUAGUUAUUUUCUAUUAUUUACAGAAAUCAAAUAAAUUUCAAUUUGAAAAAAAUAUUAUAUAUCCGCUUUUAUUUUAGUAAAAGUUUAAGUAUUAUUAUUAUUAGAGACCGACCGAAAGUGAUUUUCUGAUUUCGGCCGAAGCCGAAAAUGGGCCGAAAGUUUAAAACGACUUUCGGCUGAAACCGAAAAAAUACCGAAAGUUUAAAAAUGACUUUCGGCCGAAACGAAAAUGAAAUAUUUAGAUAUUUUGAAAUUCGUUCCCGCAUACAUUCUGCAUACAUAAAAAAUGAUGGGAGAAAGUGUAAACAUUUACAUUUUUUAUAAAAAAUGAGAUAAUUGUGAAUAUUAAUAAAUAAACAUCUAAUAUUACAUCUUGUUGUUAAAGAUCGCUUAGUUUAUUGUUAAAGAUCGUUCAGUUUUUUGUUAUUGAUCGCUUUAUUUGUUUUUUAAGAUCGCUUAGUUUGUUCUUAAAGAUCGCAUAGUUUUUGUUGAAAGAUCUUUUAGUUUGUUAUUAAAGAUCAUUUAGUUUGUUAAAAAAGAUUGCACAUUUUUUCUUAAAGAUCGCUAAGUUUGUGUUAUUAAAAGAUCAUUUAGUUUGUUAUGGCUAAGUUUGUUCUUAAAGAUCAUUGAUUUUGCUCUUAAAUAUCGCUUAGUUGUUCUUAAAGAUCAUUUAGUUUGUUUGUAUAGAUCUUUUAGUUUGUUAUUAAAAAUCGUUUAGUUUGUUCUUAAAGAUCGCUUACUUUGUUGUUGAAGAUCCCUUAGUUUUUUCAUAAAGAUCGCUGAGUUUGUUCUGAUAGAUAUUUGAUUUUUUUCCUUAAAAUCUUUUAGUUUGUUCCUAAAGAACAUUUAGUUUUCUGUUAAAGAUCGCUUAGUUUAUUCUUAUAAAUCAUUUAGUUUAUUCUUAUAAAUCAUUUAGUUUACUAUUAAAGAUCAUUUGUUUUGUUCUUAAAGAUCACUUAGUUCUUUCUUAAAAAUCGUUCAGUUUUUUGUUAAUGAUCGCUUUAUUUGUUCUUAAAGAUCGGUUAGUUUUUUAUUAAAGAUCGCUUUAUUUGUUUUUAAAGAUCACUUUAUUUGUUUUUAAAGAUGGUUUAGUUUGUUCUUAAAUGUCACUUAGUUUGUUGUUAAAUAUCGCUUUUGCUGAGAAUUAGAUGACCGAAAAUCUCAGUCACUUUCGGCCAGAUGGCCGAAAUGCUAAGUCAAUUUCGUCCAAAACCCCAAAAAAACGAAAGUUAACUUUUGUCUUUUGGUUGAAACCUAAAUUAAGCCGAAAGUUAACUUUCAGUUUCGGCCGAAACUGAAACUUGGCCAAAAGUGAUAAAAUGGCCACUUUCGGCACCGAAACCGAAGCCGAAAUUCGGUCGGUCUCAAAUUAUUAUAAAUAACAAAUACAUUUGAAGUAACAACUAAGGAACUAUCUUAAGCAUUUUAUAUGCGUUUGAAAGUUAUAAAAGAAAAGUAAAUAAAAAAUUAUGAUCAAAGAAAUACACCGAAAUCACUUUUAUCGGGAAAACCAAAACAUCAGUUGCUUUUAGUGCAUUUUUAGUGCGUUGUUAAUAUUGCGAAAUGAAAAUAUAAUUAAUUUGUUCUAAAUAAAAACGCAAAUGACAUCAUAGCUAAUCGCAUAUUUUAGUUUAUUGAUUUAAUAACCGCGCCUUACAAAACUGAUAAUGGUAUUUUCCCCUUCUUAGAAGAAAAAGUAAUAAAUUUAAUUGAUUGCUUUUUAAAUUGUUAAUAAAACACGCACAAAUUUUAGCUUUAUUUUUCUAACAUUUAAUAAGUUUUUACUUUUUUAAAUUCCAAAAAUAAACUUUUAAAAAAUGUAUAACGUAAUAAAAACUUAACCUUUAAAUAUACUUAUAAAUAAGAAAAUACGUUUAAGUCAAACAUUGCAGCGAAACUCCAUAGCCAAAUAGCAUUCACUAAUCCACUUAUAACUCAUUCAAAUAAGAAAAAGACAUAUUUAGUGCAAAACAUAUUAGUUUUGAUAUGGAAGGGACUACAAUCCGGUGGAAGAUUUUAUUAAUUUUAUUUAAUUCUGGUUGGGUGCCACAGACAGCACAAGAUACGACUCAAAAGAAAGGAAUGCAUUUUUAAAAUAAUUAACCUUUUUGGGUACGUACAUUUCGAAGGUAGGAAAUGGGAUGUGUACAUUUUUACGUGGAUGACACUAUAAAAAGAAAUGUUAUAUUAUCUUUUUACAAAUAAACAUAUGUUUACAAAUUAAGAAAAUCAAUGGCGUUAACAAAACGUGGGUACAUUAAUAUACAUGUACCCAUGAAUAUGAAAACCCAAUCAUUUUACACACGGAAAACUAUUUUUGAAGAAUGGAGAUGGGUUAAUAUUUUCUUUAAAAAAAAAUGAAUAUAUAUUUUUGUUUUUAAUUUGCGACAAGGCGACAAGUAAAGCGGGUGCAUAUUUUUAUGAGAUUAACAAUUUAAAAAAAAAUCUCAAUUCUGUUAUAAACGUGAAAUAAAAUAAUUCUUUUUUUUUAACGAUUUUCUGAUAAUGUAUAAUUAAAAAAACAAGGCAAAAUUUUGUUCAAAUUUUUUAACAAGAUAUCAAUACAACAAAUUCUUUUAAUAUAAAAUAUAUUUAUAUCAUAUAUAGAUUUUUUGUUAUAAAUUUAAGAUUAUCUUUUCACAAUUUUUAGAGAAAAAAAAUGUUGUAGUUCAUGGGCAUGAAAAGGGGGAAAUCUAAAGUAUUUCUCUAGCAUAGAAAUAGUCCCUCAGUUAACUUCUUUAGUGACAAAAGAGAUAUAAUUAGUGAUGAUUUAGAUUGGGUAAUUUAAGGUCAUGUUUAGAGGGAAAAAAAAAGUAGUUUAGGAGCAUUACAGGAAGUAGGGUAGUUGUAUAAUAUAUAGCAGAUAAAUACUUCUCGAAACUUAAUGAUAGAAACGUAAAUAUCAUUACAUAGAUAAUUAUUUUUUAAAAUUAGUAAUUGUGAUGAGCUUUUGCAACAGCAGGUAGAAAUUAUUGCAAAAGACCUACCAUUAAAAUCCCGAUAUCAUCGGGUCAUUUGUUCUAGUAUUAUAAUAGAUCAUUUACUCUGUUUAUGGUUAUUGUACAUUGACAUACCAGAAGUCUAACAAUUAUUAUUUGUAUGAUGUUUUAUGUAACCUUCAGCAGAUUGUCAUCUGAAGUUGAAGAAUAUCUUCAUUGAAUAAUCUAAAUCUCUCAUGUUGUCAUAUAAUAUGAAAGAAAAACCAGUCUAAAGCUCUCUUAUGAUUUUGCAAACAUUUGUACUUUUACUUCUGAUUAUUUUCCUGCAGUCACAGUAUGCAGGAUUGGGCAAUGAAUCCAGAAAAGGACGCAAUAGAAAGAGAAAAGGAAGAUGCAGAGAAAGAGGAUAAACUUGAAAGGGAAGACCCCGAGUUAUUGGCACGUGCACGAGCCAUGGAUGAAUGGAAGGAUGGUAAGUUUGAGUAGAAUUGUUUGAAGAAUUCUCAAGUGGUUUGAGGUAGUCUAAUGGUCUCAGUAUUUAUAGAUCUAGAGUCCUGGCAUUGUCAUUUGAUCUGAUUUCAUAGAUCUAGGGUGCUUACAUUGGCUGAUGAUCUGAUUUUAUAGAUCUAGAGUCCUGGCAUUGUCAUUUGAUCUGAUUUCAUAGGGUGCUUGCAUUGUCUGAUGAUCUGUUUUUAUAGAUCUAUGGUGCUGGCAUUGUCUGAUGAUCUGUUUUUAUAGAUCUAGGGUCCUAGCAUUGGCUGAUGAUCUGUUUUUAUAGAUCUAGGGUCCUAGCAUUGGCUGAUGAUCUGUUUUUAUAGAUCUAGAGUCCUGUCAUUGGUUGAUGAUCUGUUUUUAUAGAUCUAGGGUGAUGGCAUUGUCUAAUAAUGUUUUUAUAGAUCUAGGGUCCUGGCAUUGUCUAAUAAUGUUUUUAUAGAUCUAGGGUCCUGGCAUUGGCUGAUGAUCUGUAUUGUUAGAUCUAGGGUCCUGGCAUUGUCUAAUGAUCUGUAUUUAUAGAUCUGUGGUGCUGGCAUUGGCUGAUGAUCUGUAUUUUUAGAUCUAGGGUCCUGGCAUUGUCUAAUAAUGUUUUUAUAGAUCUAGGGUCCUGGCAUUGUCUAAUAAUGUUUUUAUAGAUCUAGGGUCCUGGCAUUGUCUAUAAAAUAAUGUUUUUAUAGAUCUAGGGUGAUGACAUUGUCUAAUAAUGUUUUUAUAGAUCUAGGGUCCUGGCAUUGUCUAAUAAUGUUUUUAUAGAUCUAGGGUCCUGGCAUUGUCUAAUAAAUUUUUUAUAGAUCUAGGGUCCUGGCAUUGUCUAAUAAUGUUUUUAUAGAUCUAGGGUCCUGACAUUGUCUAAUAAUGUUUUUAUAGAUCUAGGGUCCUGGCAUUGGCUGAUGAUCUGUAUUGUUAGAUCUAGGGUCCUGGCAUUGUCUAAUGAUCUGUAUUUAUAGAUCUGUGGUGCUGGCAUUGGCUGAUGAUCUGUAUUUUUAGAUCUAGGGUCCUGGCAUUGUCUAAUAAUGUUUUUAUAGAUCUAGGGUCCUGGCAUUGUCUAAUAAUGUAUUUACAGAUCUAGGGUGCUGGUAUAGUCUAAUAAAAUAAAAAUGAGAGAGGGGUGUAGCUAUGCGCGGGAAGAGAUUUGGAUGCAUCUGCUGAAACUCCCGAACGGCGAAAGUAUGCAAACAGCAACCUAAUGAAGUUAACAGAUCUUUGGUAAAGAGUAUAAAAUUAGAAUUUACUGUUUAGCAUGGAAAGGGAAAAAUUCAUCCCAUGUUCACUUCUGAAAUCUCAGAAACACCAAUGUUCACUUUAAAGAUCUCAGGAACAGUCCACUUUUGAGAAGGAACAUCGUUUUUUUUAUUAAACACUAAUAUUUAACACCGCAUAAACCGACUAAUCAAGAAAGCUAGGAACAUAAUACAAACUAAACAUCCUUCACUUGAAGAACUAGUUGAAGGAAGAUGUUUUUGUAAAACUAAACACAUUUUGGAUGAUACAUCCCACCCUCUUCACCACAAAUACUUAGGAUCGGGCCGUUCGGGACGAAUUCUUUCCAUCAGGGCGAGGACUGAAAGAUAUAAAAAUUCUUUUGUUCCCCAAUCUGUACGAAUUUACCGGCAUGCUCCCUCUGAAGUCGCACAUUUUAAUGAGAACUAAUAAGUCCCCGAUUUGGCUAAGAGAACUGACUGAUUAGCUGUUAGAAAUAAUUUAUUAUAAAUGUCUUGUGUUCAAAUUGUUUUAUUUAUGUGCUGAAAAUUUAUAAUGCAAUCAAAAAACAUUUCCAUUUAUUUGGAUCAAUAAAAGAAUCUUAUCUUAUCUUAUCUUAUCUUAUCUUAUCUUAUCUUGUUUGAAGAACUAAAGUUUGGUGCACAGUUUAGUCAAAGGCAAAUUUAAUUUUUUUAAAUUAGUUUUUUUUUUUUUUUUUGCAUUAUUAGUUAUGUUAUUAUGGGUGUGGAAACUUUGAAUUGAGUAUCUAUUAAAUCUUCUCCAAAUAUAUUUUAGUUAACUGGUAUCCACAAUGGAUAAACCUUUCUGGAUUUUGUAGUCAGUAUAACCCCAGAUCAGUUGACAAAAUGUUGGUCAUCCAUAGAAUUAUUCUGAGUUGAUCUGACUUGUUUUUUUUUUUUUAUUCCACAGAUCACAGGAGAGGUGAUGGUAACAGACACAACAAAGGAUAAUCUUGAAAUUAAUGUUGCAUUUAGUUUUGUAAAUUUGUUGUCUUUAAUGUAAAUCUUAGGAGGUAAAUGGGUGUCGAAUGAUUGCAUUAGUUGUUCUCUUUCAUUGUUGUUGCGUUACAUUUUAUUUAUACCAUUUAAAAUCUAAAUUUCUUUGGUGAUUGUUUGCAAAUGAGAUUUUUAUUCAGAAAUAAGACACAAUAGGUUUUUUCAACUGAGAAUAAAUAAUAAGAUAAAAUAAGCAGGAAUGAACUGAAUAAAUCUUUACCUUUUCUUGUUUUAAAUUAUUAUUAAUGGUUAUCAUAUAUUCACCAUUUUGAAUGAAACAUAUGAUUAAAUAAAUGAAAAUAAACUUAAAACUACCACAUUUUAAACCAUAAUUACUGUGCUAUAUGAGAUAUGAAAUAUUUAAUGAACAAAUGAGAAUUUUAUUUCCAAUGAUGGCAAUCAUGAAAAGAGAAAUAAAAAUUAUUUUAAUAUGAUUUGAAGGUGUUUGAAUAGUUACUGUUUGUUGCCAUUAUUUCAGAUCAAUUCACAAUAAAAAAUAUAUGUCAAUAUUAUGCACAUAACUUAUACAUUCUUUGAACUAUUUCUCUCUGGCUUUACACU